UAACUGUGUAACAUCACUAUCUUGAUGUGAACUUGUUUUAAACUAAUAUGGAAAUGUAAAGAUAUUUGCAAAAGGAACAGGACUGAAACUAGAUGGCUUGUAAAAAGCGAAACCUUCCUGACACGACAUGGUCUACAGGAGCUACUCGCCACAAACCACUGUCUGUAUCUGACACCAUGGUGUACGAAACGUCUGAUCAUUUCACAAGGCUUCACUUGUACUUGUUUUUGAAAGAAAAGCACGUAUUUUUGUCCAUUAAAAUAGCAUCAAAUUGAUCAGAAAUACAGUGUAGACAUUGUUAAUGUUGUAAAUGACUAUUGUAGCUGGAAACAACAGAUUUGUUAUAGAAUAUCUACAUAGGAGUACAGAGGCCCAUUAUCAGCAACCAUCACUCCUGUGUUCCAGCUUGUUUUUGGUUUGUUAAGAUUGACCUCCAUUUUGUUUUUUUUCUAGUGACACAUAUCCCGAUGUAAUGAUCAGUCACUGGGGGACGUGCACCAAGAUCUUCCUGGUACUGGUGUUGCUGAGGGUCAUAUACUAUACCGUUCUGGAAUAUCCCAACAACCCAAACCCCCCCCUACCAGCGUCCCCGUUCCAGGAGGACUCCAGACCCUUCAAGAGGAGAGGACUUGUCCUCCGAGAGCAUCAGUUCAACGACUGAUGAUGAAUCAACACAUUAUGUGGAAUUUGAAACUCCAGACAACAAGGACAAACCUACAAUGUAUGUUGACGUUGAACCACAAGCUGAAUCAGAAGUUUACCUGGACACAAUAUCCAUUCAGGACUGGCCAUCAAUAACACCGACCACUGGACUGGCCACUCCUCCUCCGUAUGUGUCCCCAGGACCGUACCAUGUAGAAUACCCAUCAGAGUACAUCUUCAUCCUGGAUGAGCCAGAGAAAUGCCGGGAGCAGAACCCCUUCCUGGUUCUGAUGGUGCCAGUGGCGCCCUAUAACAGGGAGGCUCGUGAGGCCGUCCGCAGGACUUGGGGCAGUGAGAGGCAGGUACUGGGCAGAGAGGUUCGUCUGUUCUUCCUGCUGGGACUGUCCAGUGGAGAGGAGACAGAGCAGCUCCAGGAGAAGGUGCUGCAGGAGAGCAAAGAGCACCAGGAUCUGCUGCAGAGCGACUUCAUAGACAGCUACAAAAACCUGACCAUCAAGACCAUGGUGAUGAUGGAGUGGCUGAGCUCUCGAUGCCCCAACGCCUCCUACGCCAUGAAGAUCGACUCAGACAUGUUCCUCAACGUGAAGACCUUGGUCAACAUGCUGCUUCACGCUCCAACGCAGAACUACAUGACUGGACUAGUGGCUCAAUGGGGAGCCGUUCUAAGAGACCGUAACUCCAAAUGGUACCUUCCAAUGGAGGUGUUUCCUGAACCAGUAUAUCCACCUUAUGCUCUGGGCCUGGGCUAUGUCUUCACCUUAGACCUCCCCAGGAAGCUGGUGGAGGCGUCCAGGCAUGUUAAAGCCGUCUACAUAGAGGAUGUGUAUCUGGGACUGUGUAUGAGACACCUGGGCAUCCGGCCUACUGACCCCCCCAGUGGAAACCUCUUCCAGGGGUAUGCAGGAGCCCAGGACCGCUGUCACUACAUGGCUGUUAUCACGACCAUCCUCGACACUCCUCAGGAGCUUCUGGACGUAUGGAGAAACUUGCACCAACCUGGGCCUGUCUGUCAUUGAAAACAGCACUCUGGGAAAGACAAAUAGCCUUGAGGUUAUUAGAGGGAUCACCUUAUCCCUGUGUUUCUGUGGGUGUGGUAGAGAAGGAUCACCCUAUCUCUGUGGGUGUGUUAGAGAAGCAUCACCUUAUCUCUGUGGGUGUGGUAGAGAAGGAUCACCUUAUCUCUGUGUUUCUGCAGUGGUGGAAAAGGUACUUAAUCAUCACACUGUAGUAAAAGUAGACGGCACUAUUUUCUAGUUUUUUAGAGACAUAAUUUACAAACAAAGCAUUUGUGUUUAGUGAGUCCUCCAGAUCAGAGGCAGUAGGGAUGACCAGGGAUGUUCUCUGUUUAGUGAGUCCUCCAGAUCAGAGGCUAGUAGGGAUGCCCAGGGAUGUUCUCUGUUAAGUGAGUCCUCCAGAUCCGAGGCAGUAGGGAUGACCAGGGAUGUUCUCUGUUUAGUGAGUCCUCCAGAUCAGAGGCAGUAGGGAUGACCAGGGAUGUUCUCUGUUUAGUGAGUCCUCCAGAUCAGAGGCUAGUAGGGAUGCCCAGGGAUGUUCUCUGUUUAGUGAGUCCUCCAGAUCCGAGGCAGUAGGGAUGACCAGGGAUGUUCUCUGUUUAGUGAGUCCUCCA